AUGUCUGAAAAUAUUCGUGUUGGAGUUUUUCCGCUGGAAAAAGAUGCGCAAACUUGUUUUGAACGACCAGAUUGUAAACAUCCCGGAGCUGAAGUUGAGAUUCUGAAAAUGGUUUUUCGAUUGAUCAAAGUGAAUUAUACAUUGGUAAGUGGAUGUGAGAUUUGUAUCUGAUUUAAGACAACUUUUUAGUUAGAUGUUUGGAAAGAGUUUGGCGAGCAAUAUGACUUUGGAGCAAAACAGAAGAACGGAUCUUGGUCAGGAAUGAUUGGGCUACUUCAUCAGGGUAAAAUUUUGUUUUUUGAUAAUAUGUUUCAAGGUUUUAUGAAAAAAAGAUUCACUUCGAAACAUCAAAUUUAAAAAUAUUUCAGGAAAAUUGGACAUGAUUGGAUUAUCGAUGAGAAUGUCUUCUGAACGCGAAGAAGCUGUGUUGUUUUCGUAUCCAACACGAGUUUUUGAGGUUUCUAACACUUAUUUUUGUUCAUUAUCCCCCAAAUAAAUUUUUUCCAGAGCAUAUUCAUAAUUGCUCCACCAUCAUUAACUUGUACCAGGCAGUUUAUUUUUAAUGCAUUUUCCAGAACAGUUUGGAUUUGUAUAAUCCUAACUUUUAUGCUUUUUUACGCAUUCUCGAUAUUGAUGAAUUAUGCAAGAGUUCGAAAUCGACAUGAUGAAGAUUUCAAGUUUUCCAAAUAUUUUAUUGAUUUUUUCAAUGUAAGUGAGCUUUCUCAUAAAUUUUCUGGAAACCACAAGAUAUUUCGUAGACGAGUAUAUCAACAUUUCCGGUAAGCAAUCGUCUUAUUCUACUCAUCACUCUUUUUGCGACUUUUAUCUUUUCUCAACUUUAUCAAACCGAUAUGUAUGCAUUUUUAUCUGUUCCAUUAUCCUAUGAUAUUCCAUUUCGAUCAAUAAAAGAAGCAUUAGGUGAGUUGAAUGAAUAUGUACUUUGUAAUGUACAUAUGAAUGGCGUAUAUGAAUAUAAUAAAAGUGCAGAUAUUGUGGAGCGGAAGAAAAUGUAUUUCGCGGCAUUUGAUGCACAAACAUUGUUAUGCACACCAGCAACGUGUAACCGAUAUGAACAAGUGACAAAGAAAAAUCCAGUAAGAAGGGGUGAAACUGAAAAGGAAGUGCAAGAUUUGAUAUUGUGAGUUUGAGGGAAAAUAUUAACACUGUUUGUGAAAAUUAAUUUUGCAGAUUUGAAAUCUAUUUUUAAAAACAGAGUAAAAUUUAUGUUAUCUAUUUCUUAUUGAAUUUCUCAUAAGUUUUGAAAAAAAUUUUCUCUGAAAUUCCUGAUUUUCUUCAACCCAAAAUCUAUAAGAUACAUUAUCCCCCCAUUUUUCCCAAACCCCUCUUUCUCAUUUUUAAUAAGAAACUGUAAGUGUACAGAAGAAAACAGACGGGUGGCUGGUAUUAUUUGCAUAUAAUUUAUGAACGUGUGUCUUGUGCUGCCUGUUUCCGUUGGUCCCGCAACACGCACAGCUGGUUACUACAUCUGUCAAUUCUUUCCCAUUUCAUGCUGACUUGUUUUCGUAAACAGUCUGGCCCUAUGUUAUUGUAUUAAGUGGAUUGUAUAUAGGCGGACAGACGGUAUUAAUACCAGUAUUCGGUUUCUUCAAGAUUUAGCACAAAAUUAAUUGCUUUUUAUGUGUAUUAGAAAAUUAGAAUUAAAAAAAUCGAAUUCAAAAAAUAUGGGAAAUAUAUAUUUUUCAAUUUAGAAAAGGUGGAAUAUAUCAAUCAACAGUGGACAGUGAUUUAUUACCUGGAAAACUUGCAUGGCUCACCACAAAUCAAGAAUUUCUGAUAAUUCGAGAUGAAGAUGCACCAUCUUAUUAUGUCGCAUUUUCAUUUGCAAAAUCACACAAGAAACUUCUUCGAAAAUUCAACAACGCGUUAAUUGAAGUUUUGCCAGCUGUUUCUACAAUAACAACAGGACAUGGGUAUAACACUAAAAAAUUGCCGUUUGAGGUAAGAGCACACUAGGCCUGUGUUGGAAAAAGCACACCUGCGCGGAAAUUUUCGGAUUUUUUGAAACAGAAAAUCCAGAAAAUUUUCGAUCGUAUUAAAAUUCUAAAUUUCACUAAAAAAAAUAUGACCAAGAAGUUUUAUGUGGAAAACAAUUAUAUAAUGAUGGCUAAUAUACGUUUGAAUGUUUUCUGAAAUAUUGAUUAUUUGUCAAACUGGUCAAGUUUUAUCACACGAUAUAGUUUAUCACGUGAUCUUGAAGAACGUUUUACAAGAAAUACGUUGGCAGAACUUUUUUUAAAUAAGUUCUGCCAACUUUUGACUUUUUAAUUUCAAAUUGAUUGAAUUCAGCUCCAGAUCUCUAUUUCAAUGUUUUGGUCAAUUUGAAAAAUUGUUCCACAGUCAGUUUUUCAUUUAAAAGUUUCGGAAAUCCCUUGUUUGGGUCUGUGAGAUUUUCCGACACAGGUCUACCUACACACGCACUUUUAAAAAUUAAAAAACAUGUUUUUUCCACAAACCAGAUGCGAACAGCGAAUCCUCGGGCGCCUUUAUCAUUUCUUAAUCAUUUAUUACAAUUGUUUCGAAGUUUUUCAAUCGCAAUGUUUGCUUGUAUUAUCAUAUUUUUGCUUGAAUAUUUUUACGUGUUUCUUAAAAAUCACUGGAAUUUUAAAUCUUUUGAUCUUCCUUGA